AACUGGGGAUUUUUUCUCGAUUUGGUAACUUUUCUCGUGCACAGUUGGUACAAGUCUUUCCGUCAAGUGACAUUUCGCGAACGUGUCAGAAAAUACGGCACGUUUUCAAUCUUUUAAUUUCUGACCAAUCCGGCAAAAAUGGCGAUUCGUCCCGUUUACAGGCCUGAAAUUGUUAAAAAACGAACGAAAAAGUUCAUCAGACAUCAAUCUGACCGUUAUGGCAAACUCAAACGCAACUGGCGCAAACCCAAAGGUAUCGACAACAGGGUUCGUAGGCGCUUCAAGGGUCAAUUUCUGAUGCCCAACAUUGGGUACGGCUCUAAUGCCAAAACAAAGCAUAUGCUACCCACAGGAUUCCGCAAAGUUUUAGUACACAACGUCAAGGAAUUGGAAGUGUUGUUGAUGCAAAACCGCAAGUAUUGCGCCGAGAUUGCUCACGGAGUGUCGUCAAAGAAGCGCAAAGAGAUUGUAGAAAGGGCCCAACAGUUGUCAAUUAGGGUUACAAAUGGUCACGCCAGGCUGCGCAGCCAGGAAAAUGAGUAAUUUAAACUUGUAACAUUUAAAUAAAAACUGUUUCGUAAAAA